AUGGCAUAUCUCUACAUCGAUCGACUGAAGAGCGAUUUUCAACGAUCCGAUUUUUACAAUCCACGCACGAUAAUAUACAAAAGAUGGUGUCCGCAAAUUAUAACGAAAUAUCUAAAUAGUGAGAAUUUCGAUGAUCUUUACGUUUCAGAAAACAUUCAAGUCAAAAACUCUUCUAUGUAUUUUAUACCCAAAGUACCAAAAAUUUUUUCGAUCGGUUUACGAUUAGAUAACAAACAUAAAGAUAAUAUAAAUUCCGUUCAAUUUUGGGUCAAUACUAAUAUCAAGAAAUUUUUGGAACAAUAUUUUAGCUUUUUUCUAAGAUACCAAAAUUAUUUGCAUAUUUUAUUGGAACCGAAUGAAAAUAAUGACGAAUCGAACGUUUUCUGUUUCACUUCUUUCAAAUCGAUAAUUUCAAAAUGUUCGAAAAAUAUGAAAGAAAAAUCUCCCGAAAAAAGUCGAAAUUCAAAAUGCAUAAUGCAACAUUGCAAGCGAUGUUGUAACUGUACAACUUUACAUGAUUUCCAAUUACCAACAAAACAAAAUUAUUCCAGAUUAAAACCGCACGAUAAUCAGUGUACCAAUCAAUGCAAAAUAGAGAAUUCUGACACUGGUUCUAUCAGCAGUCAAAUUAAUGACGAAGAGAAUUACAAAGUAAUAAUACCUACUAAAUACUUAUCGGACAAAGAAUAUGAUUCUAAAUAUAGCUCACGUACGUCUUGCGACGAUCAAAUCACGAAAGAAAGUUAUUCCAAAUUAAAACUCCACGAUAACCAGUGCACUAAUCAAUACAAAUCUAUAGAAAAUGCCAAUAUUAUUUCUACGACUAGUCAAAUUAAUGACGAAGAAUCGAAUUACAAAGUGAUAAUACCCACUAAAUAUGUAUCGGAUAAAGAAUAUAAUUCUACGCAUAGCUCGCGUACCUCUUACGACAAUCAAGUGACAACACAAAAUUAUUCGAAAUUAAAAUCGCAUGAUAACCGGUAUACUAAUCAGUACAAAUUUACAGAAGAUACCGAUACUACUUCUGUCAUUGGUCAAAUUAAAAAUAAAGAUUUGAAUUGUAAAGUGAUAAUACCCACUAAAUAUUUAUCGGAUAAAGAAUAUAAUUCUAGAUAUAGUCCGCGCAUCUCUUACAAUAAUCAAAUCAUUAAAAUAAAAAGAAAUGCUGGUUGUCAAACAUCGGAAAAGUGCAAGUCAUAUCACGUGUACAAAAAACCAAAAAAAAAAAUUGAAAGUAGUAAAAAAAGAAGUAUCGCUUACUUUUCGAGCAUACCAUCUUCUAAGGACAUCAAGACAAUUUUCGAAACUAAUCGAAAAAAUUUUAACAAUGAAAAGAGUAGAACGAAUUUAGAGUUAUUAGAAACUCAAUAUAUCAAAGAAAUAACUAAGAAUAAAAAUAAGAAAAUAGACAAAAAAUUGAAGAAAUACGAUAAAGAGAAUUUGAUACGAAAAAAGAAAAAAAAAAAAAAAUUAAAAAAUGAAAAGAUGCUUAAAAAUAUUGAAUCAAAUAUUGAUUCUGAAAUUUUCUUCGAUUGUAAUAGCAUGCCAAAUCUUACGGACGAUAAUAUUACAAAAAUAUUUCGAGAAUAUAAUGAUAGAAAUGAACGAUUAAUGUUAAAUGAAAAUGGAGAUGUAUUCAAGAAUGUAUUUCAAGAAAGAUUAAUUAAUGAUGUCAAAAAUAACACCAACGUGUCUCCAAUGACUGCUUAUGAUGACACAACAAAUUUUUCAGAUAAUAAAAAUUGUACGAAAAAUAAAGAGAAGAUUAUGCUUGAUAAUUAUGAUAUGAUUAAAUUAAACGAACCUUCAUCAGAGAUGAACACGUCAUGGAGAUCGCAAACUUAUUUGAUAGAAAAUAAAACUUCCGAACUAAUGAUCCUUGGAAAUGUAAAAAAGCGAUUAGAAGAGGAUUACGAUGAUUAUUUUUCACUAUACGAAGUGGAUGAUGACACGCAUGAUUUAGACAACGAUCUUUUUCUUGAUGCAAAAAACUCAAACGAUAUUUUAGAAAUUGACAAGCCUUGCAUUGAGAUUAAAGCGGAUUACCAUGCAUCGCAGGAUAACCUCAAAACUUCAAAACAAUCUAUGUUGACAGCAUCGAUAAAAAAGAAUCAAGAAAUGAAAGAAAUAACGCAACAAUCGAUACGUACCUUAAUUUGUCCAUGUUCUAUUUGUUUCUUAAAUUCGAAUUUGAACAAUAAGCAAAACAGUUUUUAUACAGCAUUAAAAGAACGAGAGUGUAGUUCAAACUCAUCAAUCGAAUAUUGUAGUGCCAGUAAUAUUCCUUUAUCAAAAAAAUCUACUCAAAAUAAAAUCCAAAAUAAUUGUUUUUUAAACGAUAUUUCAUACGAAGACGACAAUGCGCUUCACGAUACUAGGGAAUUUUUCGAUCGAACGUUAUUAAAUUCGUAUAUGAUGUGUUGUUGUCAACGGAACUCGACACCAAAUUUUUCCAAAUCAAAACUGGUCACAGAAUCGUUGGAUUCUGGAAUUUUAACCGAUUUUUCACGAGAUCAGCUUCGAAUUAUAUCAGACGAACAAUUUUGCGAGAAAAGUGAAAAGAACAAUAGAGGUGAACGAAAAUGUUACACGAAGAAAGUGGAUUUGUUGCCGACUUUUGAUUUCAACACGGAUAGCAGUUAUUCGGACGAUUCGCUUAAUCGAAGGGUCGAUCUUGUGGUGAAGAAAUUCACAGAAAAUUUGAUUCUAACAGAAAGAAAGGCAAGAAUCAAAUUAAGGCGAAUGGAGAAUUCUACAAAACGUAAACAGAUGAAGAAACAAUGGAAGAAUCGACGACAAAAUAUAUUAGAAUAUAUUCCCAAACGAAGUUUUGUUUGUAAAUUCGAGCCUUCUCUAUGGACAAACGAUGACGAUUGGGCUAUAAAUAGUUCUACGCCACCAAUAUAUUCAUUCUCCGAUUCUGAAAUCGAUCCUUUAUAA